CUGCCCUCCCUUUCUUUUGUCGUCCGCCCUCCGCUGCCGCUGCGUGCGUCAACUCUUCCGAGCUGGACUGCCCGAGGACUGAGGUGGCCAAGUUACUCGACGUUGGCGAGCGCGCCGAAUUCAAGAUUGCGAGGAAAGCCAUAGACUUUGACCCCGAGGGCCUCAACCCGACCGACACGGGGGUCUGGAAGGUGGAGCUGUUGCGUGUCGAGGACGCGAUUGACCUGCAGGAGGACUUCUCCCAGCUGCUGCACGUGGACAGACCUGGCAGUCAGGAGAGGGCCGAUGAGCUUGACGACGUGCUCGUGCAUUGGCGCGUACGCAGGUGGAUGUGCGAAGGCUUCCCGUGCAUCGCGAGCAGCAGGGAGAGGAUCGCCAUCAUGCCGGGCUACGGCCUGGUCCCCAUCGAGGCGCAGGACGCGCCUCCCGUCCGCAUCAGCGU